AUGUCUGCUCACCAGAUGAGGGACAAAGCGUCGGCCGAUGGGCCGGAUGAGUCGGGCCCGAGCAAGGCCCGGAAGGCAUGCGGUAAGCAGAUGGUGGACCUCGUCUCAUUGCAUGCGACUGUAGACGCUGACGGGUGUGCCCACCUCAAGUCAAUUGUAGAAGGCAAAAGCUUCCACGAGUCCAUGCCAGGGCUCCACUUCCUCCCAACCAAGCAAACCUUCUCAUCGCCGAGACCACUCAUGCUAGCUUCAAUGUUAUACUGCUCAAGUAUACGAGGCUUGCCAGAAGUCGCAGUUUUGGCGCCAGACUACUUCAAUGUCUUGUGCAGUGCCAUUUCACAGCUGUGCAUACCACAGAGCGAAGUCGGUCAAGCCCCGGAUGACCCAGCUUCAGCUGAAGAAUGGGCCUUUCAAACCGUUCUGGGAAUCAUACUCGCCGGACUGCUACGAGAAGCCGUCGUUAAAGAGACGGGGGUCUGGAUAUCUCUCGCUUACAGGCUCAUCCUCGAGCACUGCCCCUCCAACACCGAUGAGCGAUCCCGCGAGUGGCAACGCCUGUUUUCUGGCCUUCAGAUCGUUGACCUCGAGCACGCCUCAAUACAUCUCUCAUGCCCAGUCAUACCAAUCGAGGCGCCUCUCCCACGACUCAAGAUCCCAAUACAGGACCAACUCUAUCGGCUCUCGAGGAUGAUGCACACCGGCCUAACUCACUUCACAGGCAGAGGUCUGCCAACGAUAUGGUCCUGUUUCGAGAGCGAACCUAGCGUAUUACAGAUAUCUUCCGUCCAAUUUAGCGGCGUCGACGGCGCUGUCAUUCGCGACUGGGCAAGGCAGCUAGACGACUGGCUCGUUGAGUUCAGCGACAAGGACUUUGAGUCGGAGCACGAGAAGAAACUGGUAUUCCGGCAGUAUAUCCUGCACAGGCUUCUCGUGCUAUCCAUCUACCACCCUGCCCGAGGAUGCAACCUGUUUUCGAACACGACGCCGAAAGAGCAGCAUGAGCUGCUUGUGUCAGCAAGAGCGGCGGUCAAGCUUCAAAUUCUAGAUGCUUCGAUAUGGUCGAAUUGGGAUCUCGUCAUGAUCACCUGGGCUGCUCUCAUCGUCCUUCAAGGUGUAGACGGUGGAGUAGGAGAACCAGACGAUCUUGAGAACGUUGGAGUUCAUCUCCAAAAGCUGAAGGAAAUGCACGAGCCGAAGCCAAGCUUGCGAGGCAUUUUAGCGACACGACUGGAACAGAAACUUCAGGGCCUUCAUACGCCCGCUUCUGGAGACGCCGAGGUGUUCGAGCAAGAGAUCCGGAACUUGGAUAAUUCAUGGUAUAUCUUUGACCAAUCGAGUCUGCAAGCAGGAUAUGAGCUUUGGUCGUACGAGAACCAGGGAGGAUAA